AUGGUAAAUUUUUCCAAGCCAAUAGCUGAUGGUCCAAUAUCGGGAAUUGACAAAUAUACCCUAAAUGUUCCUUAUAAAAAUCGAUUAGCAAAAGUUACAGUACGUCCAACACCACAGGAAACUUUUAAAGAACAUAAAAAGCUUUUCAAGUAUGUUGCUGGUGGCCACCAAAAAGUUGGGGUUAAUAGACAAUUUUUCAGACAACUUCAAGCAAUUAUAAAAAUAAUAAUUCCAAAGAUUCGUUCAAAAGAACUUUCUAUAUUAUUUUUACAUUCCUUAUUCUUGGUUUUGAGAACUUGGCUAAGUAUUGUUGUAGCAAAAUUAGACGGAAGAAUUGUUCGUGACCUGGUUGCUGAAAAUGGUAAAGAAUUUCUCAAAGGUAUAGCAUAUUGGUUUGCGAUUGCUAUUCCUGCCACUUACACAAACAGUAUGAUUCGUUUUUUGCAAUCAAAAUUAUCAAUUGCUUUCAGGACAAGAUUGACAAGAUAUAUUCAUGAUCUUUAUUUAAAUGAUAAAAUCAAUUAUUAUAAAAUUAUUAAUUUGGAUAAUAGAAUCGAAGGACCUGAUCAGUUGAAUAUAGCACGUUUCUGCGAUACUCUUUCAUCUCUUUAUUCAAAUUUAGGCAAACCACUAUUAGACAUGAUUAUAUUUAAUUAUCAAUUAUCUAAAAGUAUUGGUGUGACAGGAAUGUCAGGAUUAUUUGGAAUGUAUAUUGCUACAGCUUGGAUUCUAAGGAAAGUUUCACCAUCCUUUGGAAAAUUGGCUGCUCAUGAGGCCAAGUUAGAAGGUGACUUCCGUAUAGCACAUAACAGAAUCAUAACAAAUGCAGAGGAAAUUGCUUUUUAUAAUGGUGCACAAUUGGAACAUAAAAUAUUGAACCGAACAUAUUUGAAACUAAUUAAGCACAUCAAUUCAAUCUUUAAAAUCAGAAUUUUCUAUAAUAUGUUUGAAGAUUUUGUUAUUAAAUAUUCUUGGAGUGCAUUUGGUCUAUUGACAAUUGCUGUUCCAGUUUUUUUUCCUGCUUGGGGUGGAAGAGGUGGAAAAACAGAGUUGGAAGGAGUUAGUUCAAAUGGAAAAGAAAGGGAUCGUACAAAAGCAUACAUUACAAAUAAAAGGCUUAUGUUAACAUUGGCUGACGCUGGUGGACGUUUGAUGUACUCUUACAAAGAACUUGCAGAACUUGCAGGAUUUACUUCAAGGGUAUAUUCUUUAUUGUCAGUUCUUCAUUCAUUAUAUGCUAACGAAUAUAUUGGAUCAGAAAAUCCAGAAACUUAUUCACUUGAUAAUAUCCAAGGAAAAAUUACUUAUGAUCAUGAGGGACUCGACUUUCAAGAUGUUCCAAUUGUCAUUCCAGGUAAUAAAAAAGGUGGCGAGGAAUUGGUUAAGAAUUUAAAUUUUUCAAUAAAACCUGGACAGCAUUUAUUAAUUACUGGUCCAAAUGGUGUUGGCAAAACUAGUAUUUCAAGAGUUAUUGCCACAUUAUGGCCAAUUUUUAGAGGUGCUCUUUCAAGGCCAAAUGUUGGUGAUAUUUUUUAUAUACCUCAAAAACCAUAUCUUAGUAUCGGUACUCUUCGUGACCAGAUUAUAUAUCCACAUUCAUAUGCAGAUAUGCUUCAAGCAAAAAGAACUGAUGAUGAAUUGGUGGAAAUUUUAAAGGCAGUUCAUUUAUCGCUUAUACCUGGUCGUGAAGGUGGCUGGGAAACAAAAAAAGAAUGGAAAGAUGUUUUUUCUGGAGGAGAAAAACAAAGGGUUAGCAUCGCUAGACUUUUCUACCAUAAACCAAAAUUUGCAAUCCUUGAUGAAUCUCUUAUUACAAUAUCUCAUCGACCAUCACUAUUCAAAUAUCACAGUCAUUUAUUAAAACUUAGUGGUGAGAAAGGUACCUGGACAUUUACUACAAUUGGAACACCAGAGGAACGUAUGUCAUUGGAUAAGGAAGUCGCUGCAUUAGAAAAUAAGCUUAAAGAUGUUGAAAAAAUCAAAGAAAGAAUUGAUGAAAUCAAUAAGGAAUUGCAAUUAAGCACUGCAAAGGAUAAAACCGCAGCAGUUUAA